CACCACCACCACCACCACCACCAACAACAAAGUCACCCUCACCUCGUGGUGUUGGUGGAGCACAUGGGCAUUCACAUCCACACUCAACCUUGACUUCAAGAUUCCUUUCCAUGGCAUCAAUAAAACCCGAUAGAACUACUCUGCCUCGACUGUUGCAUAACCUCAAAAUCUUCAUUCUCGACAGUUGGUUUGAUGUGGUUUGUAUUCUUGUCAUUGCAGGAAUCACUGGAGUUAUCUGGGUAAUAGAAGCGCGACCAAACCGUCUCUUCCCUCUCCUCAGUCCCGAUGGAACCACUUACGCACCUGAGAUUUCGUACCCAUAUCUCACCAAUGUGUUUUCAAGUCUUGGGGCAGGAUUAGUCUGCGCAAUCAUCCCCGUGGGUGUGAUGAUCCUGUCUCAAUUCUUCAUCCAUUCCUUCGCCGAUGCGUCUUCGGGAAUCCUGGGUCUGUUUUACAGUCUGGUGACGGGAACUUGUUUUCAAGUGAUUCUCAAGAAGAGCAUCGGUGGGUUACGGCCUCAUUUUCUGGCGGUUUGUCAGCCGCGAAUUCCAGACGGUGUGCUGGGUCAAGGGUUCAACGGGAUCUUGUAUAGCGUGGAUCAGGUGUGUACUGGGGAUCCGGGCAGGAUUAAUAAUGCUUUGCAGUCGUUUCCGUCAGGACAUUCCGAGAUUGCGUUUGCGGGACUGGGAUAUCUGGCAAUUUAUCUUUUUGCGCAUUUGAAGAUGGGUGAUGGGUCAAGGGUGGUGAGGACGGGGUUCUGGCGUAUGGUCAUCGUCAUGAUGCCGUUGUUGCUGGCGACUUAUCUGGCGUGUACUUUGGUCUUGAGAUACCAUCACCAUGCGUUCGACUGUUUCUUUGGUGCGUUGAUUGGAAUUGUCACGGCGGUGUUGGGAUAUCGAUCGGCGUAUCGGAGUGUGUUUGACGGGACUACCAAUUACCGACCUCGACUUGGAAGGAGGAUGAAGAGGGAGGUUGAUCGAGAAGAGACGAGAGUGGCAGACGAAGAACAUGCUCUAGGCGACAUAGGGCCAGCUGAUUUGGAGAUGGGGUCUGGGGGUGGAGGACGUCGUGAUGUUGUAUUAGACGAGCAUGCUCGUCGGAGUCAUAGUGAGGCUGAGACAUUGUACUGAUUGAAAGCAGGGGAGGAAGGGGGGAAAAGGAAGGAAAAGACAAAGAUAUGGGCCCGAUGAUGGACCGUAGGAAAAGAGCAUGGUUUAAAUAGACCGACAAUGCUGUCUCACUUGUAUUGGUAUUGCACAUAUUCAUCUUGUCAGAAUCUCGACACCAUCCG